UAUAAUAGUCUUGGCUUGUACCACCUACGAAUUUGUGCGAACUGCUAAAUGCUAAUGCUAAUGCUAAUAGAAGAAAAACGGAAAACUAUUCCGAGGAAAUAGAUGGCAAAAUUGAUGCUGACAAGCUGAAGGCCAUGAGAUAAGAAGACAUACUCCCAAUUUUAGGAGGUAACGUGUACAGCACCAGUCGAACGCAAAAGGGUGAAAAAUAUUAAUAGCUGAAAAGCUUUUGCUAACAGUUGUAACAAAGCCAUGCCGACGAGAAAUUUACCAAACAUUGGGCAUGCGCUAAUAUGCAUAUUGCAUAUCAAAGGUCAGUUUCAUUCUUAGCAACCGUUGAAUACAAAAAUAAGUCUGUGAAUUCCUAAACAAAUUGCGAGUGACCAAAAUUUAAGUGAUGGGUGAAAUAGUGCUUUACAAUGAAAAUACCGAAUCUUCUGAGGACCUACAACAUCGAUGCCAACCAUUUAAACUGGAAUGGAUCUUUGGGUUCAACCCACGAAUUCCUAUGGUUAAUCUUACAACUAGCCGCGAAACAAAAGAGAUGGUUAUGUCUUCAGGAAAUGCAAUCAUUUUCUACAAAUUUGAGAAUCAAGUGGAAUCUAUCCAAACUCUGGUUGGACAUAAAAGCUGCAUCAAUACGAUUUCCAGUGAUGCUAGUGGUCGCUUCGUGGCGUCAUCGGAUAGCACAUACUGUAUCAAUGUUUGGGACCGAGAGGCGGUCCCGGAAGGCACUCCGGUUGCAAUUCGUACCAUCUAUGAACCAUUCAAGACGAGCGAGAUCAAUACCGUGGGACUAAGUCACGAUGCCAGAUAUCUGAUCGCGGCUUGCAGUGGAAUUCAACAGCAGCUAAAACUGUGGCAGUGGACAGUAGGAAACGAUUGUCCAGACGACUGCGUUACUUUACCGCCAAGAUUGGGGAGAACGAAAAACAUUAGAUUUUGUGCCGAUAUCGGCAAGAAAAACUAUUUCGUAGUCACGAUGGAAAAUGCCGUUGUCUUCGGUUAUUUUGAUUCUAAAAAUCAGAAAUUGCAUAUCGAAGUGCCGAAGAAACACGGUUUUCAGGAUUAUAACGAUUCGGUUUUCGUGGACGACACACCCAGGGCAGUGUCUGUUACGGCAGCCGGUAUGGCCAUUAUCUGGAGUGAUGACAAGAAAAUAUCAACUCCUAUAAAAAAGCAGUUCCUCAAGUACCUGCACCUGAAAUAUGCAUCAAUUAAUGUCGUUAAGUGUUGCGAUCAGAAAUUAGUGACUGGCGACGACGAUGGAGAAAUUCGAUUCUACGAUAUUCACAUGAGGAUAUUGUAUUGGUUCAAACAAGAAGACCCGGAACCAAUUCGAACCAUUUCCUUCAACAUUCUGCCGAGGAAAUAUGUGCUGGAUAACGUACAAGAACAUUCGUCCGAUGACACGGAUGAGGAGGUGCUCUGCUAUGAUGCUCUUCCUCGAGAUGUAUCACUCGAGGGUAAUCCGGUUAUUAUAAGAAAUUUCAUGAUGGCCACGAAAACAGGACAUCUUUUCGAUGUAGAUAUAGUGCAGAACAAAAUUCAAGAGUUGUACUAUUCUUCCGGAAGCAUUAUCACUUCAUUUGAUGUGCAUCCUGUCAAAAAUCAACUUUGUUCCUGUGAUGGAAAUGGUAAAAUAACGGUAUUUGACCUCAAAGAGAGGCAGGCAGUCAUGAGCUUGAAUGUUCCUAUCCAAAGGACUCGCCGGGGUAGAAUCACCGUUCUCAAAUUUUCAUCGUGUGGAACAUAUCUUGUCGGUGGUGCUGAAAAUGGCUACAUAUGGGUCAUCAAUCCUGCAACGAUGAUCAUCAGUUCGGACAGUCCACUUCAAUACAGCGUUGAAAAAAUCAAAUUUCUCAACUUUUCGCCUGAUUCCAAGUAUUUCAUUUUUAUAGACGAGGAAGGAUCCAUAGGUUUACUUCACCGAGAAUAUGAAUGCUGGAAACUAAAAGGAAAAUGUGUGUCACACAAAGUUAUAGAUAUCAUAUUUAUCUCUAAUGACAAAUUCCUUACAAUCGGCGAAGACAGGCAUUUGAUUAAGUAUGACAUCGAGAUGAACGACGGCUCUCGUACAGACUGCCUAAUAAUAAUCGACCGUUACAAAAUAGAACAAUCAGGAAACUGCACGUCACUUCUAAUGCUACCAUUCGAUAAACUAUUGGUAGCAAACGAUCAGUUCAAAUUCAAACUGUUCAACAUAAGUUCUUCGUGUACAAUAAUGCAUACUUUUCUAGCACCUUUUCAUGACGGGCCAAUUCGCAAUCUAGCUCUUUUACCAGGGGAUCAUUUUUUCAUGUUCAUGGCUGAUAAGAAUAUCUACAUUCACCAGCUUCCAAUCGAUGGUAACCCGUUCAAAUAUUUGGGAACGUUUGCCCAUCCAAAGAAAUUGAAGGCUAUGCGAAACAUGAGCGAUCAAUUCGUAUUCUGUUACGGAGAGGGAGAUCACGGUAUCAGUAUGUGGAGGAUCAAUGCAAUUCCACUGAUCGAAAACCAAAAACAUUCUGGGUCCGGCUUGAAUCCUUAUUGUUCGCUUUUACCUGGUGGAAAAAAUGGUUGUUAUGUGAAGGAGAUGCUGAGUCUAUUCUUCUACAACCAAAUUUCGCCCAAACAUAACGAGGAAGAUACGGACAUUUCGAUACGUGACGCGAUGGACAUAAGAGAUGUUCCUAACUAUAUGAGAAGCAUUGGGUUUCAUAUGACACAAUUUGAGGAGGAUAAUUUGGCAAGCGAAAUCGAACUGAUGGGAACAUUGUUCCUUACUUUUGAGGAAGUCGUAAAACUUUUCCUGAACCACAGAACCCUAGCCAGUCCUAACUGCGAGGAAAUACGAGCGGCGGUAACUUUUGUAACAAAGGGAAUUUUCGACCCAGUAGACCUAAACCAAUUCAACGAACAAUUGGCAUCGCUUGGCGAGAAGAUUGACACGAAGGCUAUGGAUUUCUAUUAUCGAGCCUUGUUUCCAGAGUAUGUGUCCGAUGAUAAUUCAGAUACAUUUCUGGUUCCUCUGGGUGAAUUUACCGAAAAGCUUUGUUAAUAGAAUUUUUGUUGUUGUUUGGCAUAUCUCUUUAUUAAAUUCUUUUUUCUCUUUUAGUUGGUUUUACAUUUUUGUUUGAUAUCUAUAUGUAAAUCACUUAUCAAAAAUAUACCUUUUUGGAACAUUGUUCUUAUCGGCUAACAUUAAACAAGUAGCGACUAACGCAAACAGUUGAAAUAAUUCAACCGUUACCCGAUUGGACAAUAUAUAAAGUUCAAUUCUAUGGCAAUGGAGCAUAUGGAUGGAGAACCGACGGAACCGUUAGGGAUCCGUCGUUAAAACCUAUGACUUGCUGCUUCGGCGGCAAACAUUGGAAGAAACUUAACGCACUAUUUACAAACUACAUUGAAA